AUAUAUACAGACAAGAGUGGAGUGAAGUGAUUUCAAAAUUCAAAUCCUUCGUCACAAAAGGAAAACCAUGGAAGUCGGCCAACCCACAGAACCCCACAUCGCCAUCCUCCCAAGCCCGGGCAUGGGCCACAUAAUCCCCCUCUUCCAGCUCGCGAAACGCCUCGUCACCCACCAUCGCAUCCGUGUCACCUUCCUCGUCAUCACCACCACCAACCCCGCACCCACUGCCCAAAACAACCUCCUCCGCUCCGACGCCGUCCCAUCCGGCCUCCGCGUCGUCGACCUCCCUCCCGUCGACGUGUACGAGCUCCUCUCUGGCGUCCCGCCUGGACUCACGCCCCUCUGUGUCAUGGUCGAACUUUCGCUCCGGAGCCACCUCCGACCAGUUCUCCUCGAGCUGGACGGAGUCACUGCCGUCAUUAUUGACCUGUUUUGUACUCAGGCUUUCGAAAUCUGUGGUGAGCUUUCGAUUCCGGUUUACACAUUUUUCACGGGGUCCACGGCAUUGUUGGCGUUUUCUCUGUAUCUUCCGACGUUGGACCGGGAAACGGAGGGCGAGUUCGUGGAUCUGCCCGAACCAAUUCAAAUACCUGGUUGCAGGCCCGUACGCACUGAAGAUUUGUUGGAUCAGGUUCGGGUUCGAAAAAGCGACGAGUACAAGUGGUUCUUUCUCCACGUGAGCCGCUUGCACAAGGCUGCCGGUAUCUUCGCAAAUACCUGGAACGAUCUUGAACCGAUCUCGCUUCUCGCUUUGAAAGAAAACCCUUUCUUCCUGAACAUACCCACCCCGCCGGUUCACCCGAUCGGCCCGAUGGUCAAGGAGGAAGAACCGUACACUGAAUCAGACAAAGAGGUAUUAACAUGGCUAGACAAGCAAAAACCCGAUUCAGUGCUAUUUGUUGCUCUGGGGAGUGGAGGAACCUUGUCAAGCAAGCAACUCACUGAGUUGGCUUUCGGGUUGGAACUCAGCCAGCAAUGCUUCAUCUUGGUGGCACGUACGCCGAACGACGCGACUGCCAUGGGGGCGUUUUACAGCGCGGGUGGCAGCGAGGACGACCCGAUAGCCUAUUUGCCGGAAGGGUUUGUGAAGAGGACGGAAGGGGUUGGCCUGGUGGUGAAGUUUUGGGCCCCGCAGGUGGCGGUGCUCCGGCACGCGUCCACGGGGGGUUUGCUGUCGCACUGUGGGUGGAACUCGACGCUGGAGAGCAUCCUCCACGGGGUGCCGAUGAUCACGUGGCCGUUGUACGCCGAGCAGAGGAUGAACGCGACGCAGCUUGCGGCGGAAGCGAAGGUGGCGGCGAAGCCGACUGUGGAGCCAUGGAGGGAGGUGGUGGGGAGGGAGGAGAUCGAGAGGGUGGUGAGGGCGGUGAUGGAAGGCGAAGAAGGCAAGGUUAUCAGGCAAAGGGCCAAGGAGCUCCGAGAUGGUGCACGGGUUGCUUUGGAUUCGGGCGGGUCGCCUUGUGAUUCACUUGCCCGUGUCGUGAAGGCUUGGAAAUUAAAUUCAGCAUAACGCCACAUAGGAAUUAUCAUGAUACUUCCAACGUGUUGUUUCCUGGUAAUAAAAUUCCUGGCUCUGUUACUGCCCAAUGUAUUGCCCCUGCAUUUGCCAGGCUUUGAGCCCUUCAUGUAUUCAAACAUUAAGCCGUUUUAUGAAUUUUCAAUAAUCCCC